AUGACAAUGGUCGGGGGUGAACAAUCAAAUCCUAUCAGAAUUAAUUGUGGGCUACCUCAAGGGAGUAUACUUGGUCCGCUUUGGUUUCUCACCUAUAUUGAGGACAUAGGUAACAAUCUCACUUCAAAAACUCAUUUGUUUGCUGACGAUACUCUACUUUAUUGUAGUGGUAUUCGUCAUAGUCAAGUCAACUUAACCUUGAAUGAUGAUCUUGUGGAUGUUCUUCAGUGGUCCAUCCAAUGGUUUUUACCAUUAAAUUUACCAAAAUGUGUCUCCAUGUGUUUUUCUAAAAAACCGCUGCCUGGGUUACUAAUGAUUGCAGAUCAUGUUCUCGAUCGAGUUGGUGAACAUAAGCAUCUGGGAGUCUAUUUUACUUCAUCAUUAUCGUGA